AUGAUGCAGAAGGUAAAAACAUUGCAGAAGCGCCUGAUCUCCAAGACAGAGGAAGCAGUAGAGAAGGACCUGGCACUCCAGGAAAAGGAGAAGCUCUAUUUGGAGAUGAGGAACUUACUCUCCAAGCAACCGGGCCCAGAAGUUGUCGAGGAAGUAGGGAAGCAGCAGAACAACUUGAAGGAGAAGACAAAGCAGAUGAAGGCCAUGGCAGCGGAGCUGAACAUGUACCAUGCGCAGCUCAAUGACUACAAGGAUGAGAUUGAGCGCAUCACGAAGGAGCUGCAGGAUACCAAGAGGAGAUACUUCGAGCAGCGUCACCGGGAACAGCUCAUGAAGGAUACCUCCAAGCCAGACAAGGGCGUUCACUGA